AUGUUCUACGGCCUCCUCUUCCAGCAAUAUGCGAAGAGGCAACUCUCCUCGGAGCUUUCUCGUGCUCAGGUCGAGAAUCUCCAUUCUCAGUUGAACCAGUUUCGCACAGCUUUGGUCCGUUUUGCGUCUACACACAGAGAAUCGAUCAGGAGCGAUCCAUCCUUCCGUCAUGCGUUCCAACAAAUGUGCUCUUCUAUCGGCGUCGACCCUCUCGCUGGACCCAGAAAGGGCGGUUGGUGGGCCGAGCUUCUUGGUUUAGGCGAUUGGCAGUACGAACUUGGGGUGCAGAUCGUGGAUGUAUGCGUCAGUACAAGGGAAAGGAAUGGCGGGCUCAUCGAGAUGUCAGAGCUGGUUAGGCUUGUCAGCAAGCUGCGUGGAGUGGGUGAAGGGGGGAUCACAGAAGACGAUGUCGUGCGCAGCAUCAAGACCUUGCAACCCCUCGGAGCAGGAUAUGAAGUCGUGGAGAUCGACGGAUGUCAGAUGGUUCGCAGUGUGGUAAAAGCACUAGACGAAGAUCAGACCGUCAUACUUUCCAUCGCCCGAGAGCAAGGAGGGCGGGUGAUCGAAGAUCAUCUCAUCCAACGAAAAAGAUGGACUCGUGAUCGUGCUCGAGCUGCGUUGGAAAACAUGCUCCUCAGAGAUGGGAUGUGCUGGUUGGAUGCGCAGGACGAGAAAUCCGGGCGUGCGGAGAUUGUAUAUCGUAAAUGCGACUAG